GUUGCCAUGGCAACAUUGAUCUGAGCGGUACGACAUCUGUAGGACAUGGGAGGAACCACGACUGUCCCUCACUGGGAGAAGACCAAUAUGGCCGCAUGCUAGUCGAAAUUUUUCUUUACUGUUUGCCAACGUUUUUUAAAUCGUCUCGUACCAUCUUUGCAUCUCUUUUUCAUCUCAACCUUAAAGUAGGUGACAAAAUUGAGGUUGAAGUGAAUUAGAAAGAGUUUAGCGAUCUUCUGCCGCUGUUACUUGAAAAAAGAUGUUGCAUCAUCAGUCUGUGCCGAUCCCAUCCAAUCAGCUCAGAGAUGCUAAUAGGUUGGGUCAGGUUCCUAUGCGAAUGUCUCAGCAACAGCAGCAGCGACAACCAAUACUGAUGGGGAUGCAACCGCAAGGAAGUGGGCCUGGCCCAGGCCAAAUCCUAAAUGUUCCAGUGUUUCUUCUUAUAGUCAUGAGCAUUGGCAUGGCACAAUGCCGCCAAUUCUCAAAUUACUUCACAGCGGACGAUAUUGAAAUGUUAUUUGGUCCUAAUGGAUGUAUUGAAGUUCUGACCUUAAUGCCCACAUCACCAGUCAAUCCAGUCUUGGCUGCCACCCCCCUCACCCCACAGCCUACAAAACCUGCCUCAGUGCUUCUAGGACCUGAGGGAGAUGGAUCUCAAAGGCAGCAAUUACAGCAGCAGCAGCAAUCGCCCCCCCAACAAACUAUCACAAACAUGAAUACGAGCACAACCACUACCACCACUACUACAACAAACACAACAGUUCCCUCUACAAACGUGGCAAACACAAAAGAGAAAACCCCAAUGUGUCUUGUCAACGAACUUGCAAGAUUUAAUAAAAUACAGCACCAAUAUAGACUCACCAAUGAGCAGGGACCAGCUCACAAGAAGCGUUUCACAGUUAUGCUGAAAUUGGGAGAAGAAGAAUAUACUGCUGAGGGUGCCAGUAUAAAGAAAGCCCAACAUUCAGCAGCUAGUGAAGCCCUUGAAAACACACAAUACAAGCACCCACCCCCAAAAACUACACGCAAUGUUCGUCUUGGCAAGAGUAAUAUUACUCCAACAGUGGAACUUAACGCACUGGCAAUGAAACGAGGGGAGCCCGCAGUAUACACGUUUGUAGAGCCCCCACAUAAUGGAGCUCCACAUAAUCCAUAUUUGCCUCCAAAUCCUACAUUUAAUUACAGAGGAAUGUAUAAUCAGGUUCGUGGGUAUUUAUGUGAACAGAAUAGGCGGAAUUUGAGUUCAAGAGGUCCUCCUUAUUUUGAUCCACAGCGCUACCAUCAUUAUGGCAAGGGCCCUGGUUUCCAUCCUACAUUCUACGUAUCAUUACGAGUUGGAACAAGGGAGUUUUUGGGUGAAGGCCCCACAGCCCAAGCUGCAAGGCACGAUGCUGCUUCCAGAGCUUUAAGUCAACUUCGAAACUUGCCUUUGCCAGAAGAGAGUCUUAGAUGUGAUGCUGGUUCUUGUUUGGAAAAUGAUCCUAAUGCAGAUUUGAAGAGUCCAAUUUCUUUGGUUCACGAGAUUGCUCUAAAAAGAAAUCUUCCUGUGAACUUUGAAGUUGAAAGUGAAAAGGGUCCUCCACACAUGCGAACCUUUGUCACAAAAUGCUCUGUUGGAGAUAAAAUUACUACAGGUGAAGGCAAUGGUAAAAAGGUUUCCAAGAAAAGAGCAGCUGAGAAAAUGUUGGAGGAACUGAAGAAACUCCCACCAACAUCACCAACAUUGACAUCUAGUUUGGCUCGUUUAAAACGAAAAGCUAAUCCCGGCAAGAAAAAAACUCGUAAUCUCAUCAAGGAACAGAAGGCUGAACCUGAAUAUGGAGAGGAUAUAAAUCCAAUAUCUCGCCUCAUUCAAAUUCAACAAGCAAAGAAAGAACGUGAACCAAUAUAUUCCUUAUUAGAAGAAAGAGGUGUACCCAGGCGAAGGGAAUUUGUUAUGGAGGUGUCAAUAGGGCAACACUCUUGCACCGGAACUGGACCAAACAAGAAAUUGGCUAAACGUGCUGCUGCUGAGGGACUUUUACAAAUGCUAGGAUAUUCUCGACCAUCAGUACAGCCUGCAAAGCCAUCAAUUAAAACAGGAGAAACACCUGAAAUGGAUAAAAAUAGAAAGGUCACAUUUUCUGAAGAUGAGAAGCCUCCUGUCGAUCAAAUGCCAACAGGAGGUAGCAGUGGCCGUCAAUUAGUUCCUGGUUUAUUACUUAUGUCUGACGGUGCAACAACCAAUGGUUACGGGCAGACUACGCCUACCAAAAAUUCAGGAGUGAGCUUGCAAACAACUGCUACCAUUGCAAAGGAGCUUCUUAAAGGAGGCAGUUCACCAACUGCUGAAGCUUUAGCAAAAUCAAGCUUAAAUCAUAAAUCAUCAUCUCCUGUUGGAAGUUUGAAACCAAAUCAAAUAUCUCCCCAUAGUCAAGUUGUGCGACCCAAGGAUCAGUUAAUGUACUUGGCUCAACUUCUUGGUUUUCAGGUUCAGUUUUCAGACUUUCCACGGGGCAAUCAUAGCACAUUUCUUAGCUUGGUUUCGCUAUCUACAGAUCCUCCUCAAGUAUGUCAUGGUGCAGGAAGCACUACAGAUGCCUCACAUGAUCAGGCAGCUCUUACAGCUUUACGUGCUCUUUCUGAAAUGGGACUUGACUCUGUUGCACCUCCUGCAACAAAUAUUAAGAAAGAGUCUGGUGGCCAGGGUGACGGCCUUCACCUGAGCCAACCAAAUAUUCAAGAAACCGGAGGAAUUUCAUUAACUAAGUAAAGCAUGCGGCCAAGUUGUCUCUAACAUAGAUGCAUGGUUGAUACAAAAUUUCUUAGCUCAAGUAAAUUCAUCAUUCACAGUGCCUUUUUGAUACAUUAUUAUAGCAAUACAUCGUAUUGAUUAUGAAAAGUGCACUGCAAAUGAGGCUUUACUUGAUUGAAUAUUUAAGUCUUGAAUGUAAUUAUUACUCUAUAUAAUGAAAGGAAUUUUGUAUCACCUCCAUCUCCAGAGAAACUUGAAAAACAGUUGAUCCCCUUCCGCUUGUGAGGGCCGGAGCGCAAGGGGCAAAAAAGAGCACCCACUUGCAAUGUGGGAUCAGAACCUUUUAGCCCAUUGUUAACGCCAAGUAGAAACAAGAGAGAAUGCUAUAUAAAAUUUUGCAUGAAAAUAUUAUUUUUUAAAUUUUUUAAGUUUAUUGUAAUUUAUCAAUUUUUGUUAACAAUUUGUGGCUAAACAUGGCUCGAUCCUGUGCUGCAUGAAAGAAAGAGAUUUCUACGAACAUUGAUUUCAUUGUUUAAUCUAUGGGGCUUUUAAACUUAGACAUUUAGGGAAAAAAAGAAUGCUUAUUGUGUAUCGUGAAAAUAUUUCCCAGAAUAGCUGGCUAUUGUAUUAUCCUGAGGAAAGAGGAACAUUGUAGGGAAGCAUUUGACAAUACAGAAUGUCAAAUCUUUCCCAAUCCCAUAGUAAUCUCUUCUAAAGUUGUGUUUUAUAAUAAUUGUGCUUAUAUUUAGUAGAAGUAAAGUAAUCUGUAUUAUCUUAACAAUGAUGUUCUAGCAAAUGUAGUUGUGAGAAUGGUGGGCAUUGGCUACAAAUUAAAUAAUGUCGCUGCAUUGACGAUAACAUUAGAAACUGGAUACAUUGCUGAUAUGGCCAUCUUUGUCUUAUUGUAUUGCUCAAUACAGUGAGACAAACAUUGGUGACCACAGUGAUGUUAAGAUCUUCACAGUGAAAUAAGGAACCUGGCCCACCUCCUUGGAAACUUACUUGUGUAUUUCUGAGUGACACUUCUACUCAGGACCGCACAAACUUUUGCCCUUUUACUUGUAAAUGUUUUUCUACCUGCAUCUAUUUUCUUUGAUAAUAAAAAUUCUGGGAAACAUUAUUCAGUUUAGUAUUUACAAUGACUUGGAAUGGUGAAGCUCUUGAAUACUCUUCCAAAUCAUGGAAAUAAGCUCAAAUUAGCUUGUUUGUUGUCAAAAUAAGCUAAUUUGAUGGUCGAUAAUUGACUGGUUGAAGUUGAAUUAGAACAUGAGCUUUUGUCUGUGUCUUUAAAUGCUUCUUCAUCCUUCAUAAAACAAAACUUGUAAAUGUGAUUUUUCCCAUUAUACAUACAUCAAAAGUGCACAGUAUUGUACCAUACAUUUUUGUUAAUAUGUCAAUUAUUAAAUUUUAGUGAGAAUUUCAUGUAUUGCUUGGUGCGUUAUUAAUAUUUUAAUUAUUUACAUGCAUUGUUUUCAGUGGAUCGGCAAAUUUAAUCUCUGGAUUAUCUUGCACAUUGCUGGUUUCAUUGAGCAAUAAUAAAUGAACCCUUCCCUUCUUGGUUUUCUUUUAACUUUGCAACACCAGUAUAACAGUAGCAUAUUCAUGCAUCACUUUCUAAGUGUAUUUACAUCUCUUGUAUGCUCUCCAUAAGUCUGUGUAGUAUACUGGCAAAUUUCUAGCCACAGCAAAAUGUCAUGUUAUCUGUGUGCAGUGUUUAUGCUGUGUAGAAGGAUUUUAAAAACAAAGAAUAUGGUGAUAUGUGCAUAGUCUUUGUGCAUGGGAUACCAUAUGGAUGUGGAAAUUGCAUACACAUAGUGUUUUUCAUUCUCAUACACAGCAUUACACAGUAUAGCCUAAAUAUUCCAGUGUAGAUGUAAAAAAAAAAAAAGCAUUAUCUGCCUCCUUAGAUACUGAAAUCAAUAAACGAAGGUUGAAACAG